GUGGCCGCGGCCGCGGCCGUGACGAGCGGGCCCGAGGCCCCAGUGUCCAUGGGCAAGAGCGACGUCUUCUCGAGCGCACGCAAAUGUGCCCAGGGCUGCAUCAUCUACAGCGGCUGGGCGGCCUGUGGCGUCAACGCUGGAUUCAAGGACCUGGGGGUCGCGCUUGACUGCGGAUGCUCGCCGACUAACGACUGCUACUGCAGCAAGGAUCUGGCCUCCUCGGCCACCGAGUACAUCUCGAGCUGCGUCAGCGCCCACUGCACCGGCGUCGUCGACACGUGGCCUGCCGAGGUGACCCGGAUGCUGGGCAUCUAUGACGGCUACUGCGCCACGGCAAACGCCGCCGCCGCCACCACGUCGACGCCUGCCAUCACCAGCAGCUCUGGUACCGCCGCCACGACCCAAUCCGGCCCAGGGAAGGGCACCACAGCUCUACAGACCUCACCGGCCGGAUCGUCAGCGAACCCGACACAAGCGGCGGGCGGGGCUGAGUCGGACAAGAAGGGUCUCAGCCAGUCCGACAUUAUCGCGCUGGCGGCGAGUUUGGGCGUGGGCGUGCCGAGCCUGCUUAUCGCCGCCGCGACGCUGUGGGUGCAGCUGCGGAAGAAGAAGAAGAAGACGACCGCCGGCCAG